UUUUUAACCACUUGGUUUAAUUUUUUUGUACUCACCAUGUCUAUGGAGGAAGAAGUAGCUGCCCUUGUUAUUGAUAACGGUUCCGGUAUGUGUAAGGCCGGUUUCGCCGGAGAUGACGCUCCUCGUGCUGUCUUCCCUUCCAUUGUCGGUCGUCCUCGCCACCAGGGUGUCAUGGUCGGUAUGGGUCAGAAGGACUCGUACGUUGGUGAUGAAGCCCAAUCCAAGAGAGGUAUCCUUACCCUCCGUUAUCCCAUUGAACACGGUAUUGUCACCAACUGGGACGAUAUGGAGAAGAUCUGGCAUCACACUUUCUACAACGAACUCCGUGUUGCCCCGGAGGAACACCCCGUCUUGUUGACUGAAGCUCCUUUGAACCCCAAGUCCAACCGUGAGAAGAUGACUCAAAUCAUGUUUGAAACCUUCAACUCCCCCGCUUUCUACGUGGCUAUCCAGGCCGUCUUGUCCCUUUACGCUUCCGGUCGUACCACUGGUAUUGUGCUCGACUCUGGUGAUGGUGUCACCCACACUGUUCCCAUCUACGAAGGUUACUCUCUUCCUCACGCUAUCUUGCGUUUGGAUAUGGCCGGUCGUGAUUUGACCGAUUACCUUAUGCGCAUUCUUGCCGAACGCGGUCACUCUUUCACCACCACCGCCGAACGUGAAAUCGUUCGUGACAUCAAGGAAAAGCUUUGCUAUGUCGCUUUGGACUUUGAACAAGAGAUGCAAACUGCUGCUCAGUCCUCGGCUCUCGAGAAGUCUUACGAACUUCCCGAUGGUCAGGUGAUCACCGUCGGUAACGAACGUUUCCGUGCUCCUGAAGCUCUCUUCCAACCUUCCCUCUUGGGUCUUGAAUCCGUCGGUAUUCACGAAACCUCUUACAACUCCAUCAUGAAGUGUGAUGUCGAUAUCCGUAAGGACUUGUACUCUAACAUUGUCAUGUCUGGUGGCACCACUAUGUACCCUGGUAUUGCCGACCGUAUGCAGAAGGAGAUCACUGCUCUUGCACCCAGCUCCAUGAAGAUUAAGAUUGUUGCUCCCCCCGAGAGAAAGUACUCUGUCUGGAUCGGUGGUUCCAUCUUGGCUUCUCUUUCUACCUUCCAGCAAAUGUGGAUCUCCAAGCAGGAGUACGACGAAUCUGGUCCCUCCAUUGUCCAUAGAAAGUGCUUCUAGAUGGAUAUCCGUAAAAAAGUUUUUUUUUCUUCUCGUCAAAAAGAAAGUAGGCAUUUGAACAAAGGAAUUUAAUUUUUUUUCUCCAAAAAAAAAAAAAAAGAACAAAGGCAAACACAAUGAAUGAAAUAUGGGGAUAAAAAAAAC